UGCGCUCCGAGCGUUCAGCAAGUCAAACGAGUGGGAAUUUGAACUAGUGAGACGGGGGAGAUAGGCUAUCGAAUGGAAAACAUUGACGGAGAAGGGAAGCUAUCUAUAUUCCAAAUGACUCGCCACGCCAGACCGGCUAGUCUAUAACAUAAGGAUAUAGCCUAUGUUAAACGUCUAUUUAUUAUUCCAAGUGUUAUUUUCUUCAUAUUCCUCUGGUUAGUUGAAAGUUGAAUAGGCUGGAGAUGUUCUAGUCUUCAGUUCUCGUUCUAGUCAAGUGUUUUUAUUUGUUCUGUGAUAAGUUGGUUCUUGGAUGUCAACAUUAACCGAGGUUUAUUCGCCAGUCGCAUUUACAAAUCAUUUGGGAUAGGAUCUCGGAUGUACUAAUUGGAAGAGAAGAGAAAGAACAAGGAGUGAGCGGGGACCAGACCGCGCAAUGACAAAUCCACCGAGCAGCAAGCAUCAACGCGUCCUUAUGGGGAUGGAGCUUCUGUUCUAAACGGGAGAAAAUCCUCUUCCAUUUUUAAACACAACAUUAGCGCUUCUAUCUCGAUUUAAAAAAAAUAAAGUACCCUUUCUAUAUUGCUGGAAAAUCCGUUUAAAAAAAGAAGGAAUGGGAGAGAAGCCGAACAGAAUCGGCGCAGACAACAAGGGAACAUUGUUUGGGAAAAACAAUUAUAGCUAAGACCAACACGCAACAUAAAUACCACUAGAAAUCCUUUAACGGGAUUUAUUUUUGAGUAAGAAGGGGAGUUGUGCACGGGCCAGUGGACAUCGCAUUGAGGAGAAAAAAUAGGGACUAAUGACAAAAUAAUCAGAAAGUCAUGGGAUUUGCAUAGUAUUUCUCCUGGACACGCACAGAAAAUAUUCUCCAUUUACGCAGGACGCAGCCUAUAUUGUCGUCCAGCUGUCACGGAUAGAGCAACUUUUAUCUGUCAUAGUUCAGUGUCAAUUACGCAUUUUCUCUUCUAUUUUCGGUUUAUAUCCAUGCGGUUGCCCAAGGCACGAUAUCUCAUAUUCACGCAUUGAGUGACUCACCUAUAGCCUUCACGGCUAUAGUCUUUGUUUUGAAAGUCCCCCAUCUCCAACCUCAUAGAAAGUAUCACAUGUAUUUUGAAAUGGGGGUAAAUAAUCGGGUUAGUGUGGUUGCAAUGGCGCGUCUGAGAAGUGGGAGUAGACUGAGUUUUCUGCUGAUAAUCUUAAUGGAUUUACUGGGGACGGCGGCGAGCAACAUGGAGCCUAUCUACUGGAAUUCAUUGAACAAAAGGUUUUUGGACGAUAAGGGCUACGUCCUCUACCCUCAGAUCGGGGACCGCCUGGACCUCAUCUGUCCGUCGUCUGACCCGCCCAGCCAGCGGGCCCCCGCCGAGUAUGAGUUCUACAAGCUAUAUCUGGUGUCGUCACGUGACCAAGCGGACAGGUGUGAGGUGACGGGCGCGCCCAACCUGCUGCUCACCUGUGACAAGCCCAACAAUGACAUGAGGUUCACCAUCAAGUUCCAGGAGUACUCUCCUAACCUGUGGGGACACGAGUUCAAGACCAACGCUGACUACUACAUCAUCGCCACGUCAGAUGGGACGCGCCAGGGUCUGGAGAGUAUGAGGGGAGGAGUGUGUGCCACGCAGGGCAUGAAAGUGGUCCUUAAAGUGGGACAGAACCCCUAUGGACUGCCCCCGAAACCUGCCAAACCAGACCAAAGCGCGGGCCGCACCAACACCAGAAAUACAGGUGGUACUGGUAACACCACUCAUCCCAGGAUUCCUAGCGGUGACGGCGGUGGUUCGGGAGGCACGGGUGGUGAGAACGGACCCCUUCCCCCCUCCAACGUGGCUGUCAUCGCCGGCGCCGCAGGAGGCUCCGCCUUUCUCCUCCUGGUCACCGCGGUGAUCUGCGUGGUGUGUUACCGGCGGCGACACGCCAAGCACUCGGAGUCCCACCACCCACCCCUGUCGCUGUCCUCCCUCACCAGCCCCAAGAGGCACGGCGGUGGGCACGGCGGUGGGCACGGGAGCGGGAAUAACAACGGCUCGGAACCAAGUGACAUCAUCAUCCCCCUGCGGACUUCGGACUCGGCGUACUGCCCUCACUACGAGAAGGUGAGCGGGGACUACGGCCACCCCGUCUACAUCGUCCAGGAGAUGCCCCCCCAGAGCCCAGCCAACAUCUACUACAAAGUAUGAAGGUCGUCACCAUGACAACCUACAGUACCACCAACUACCACCCUUCCCUGUUCUAUACAGUACAGUACCACUUACAACCUACCUACAAUAUACCCUGUUCUAUACAGUACAGUACCACCUACAACCUACCUACAACAUACCCUGUUCUAUACAGUACAGUACCACCUACAACCUACCUACAAUAUACCCUGUUCUAUACAGUACAGUACCACCUACAACCUACCUACAAUAUACCCUGUUCUAUACAGUACAGUACCACCUACAACCUACCGACAAUAUCCCCUGUUCUAUACAGUACAGUACCACCUACAACCUACCUACAA